AGCGAGCUUCCCCAGCUAGCCUGUAGGUGGGUGUGUUUAACAGAAGGAAGCAAUGGGAACCCGCCUGUCAGCCGGCCUUUCGAGCUAAUUAGCUCAGCCUACAACAAAGAUAAGUGAGCCUGGGAAGAGGGCCCCCUGAGGGGUCUUUAGAUUCUGGGAAAUGUCUGAUUGGCAGAUGUUAAAAGGGAUUCUUUGGUAAUCCAGUGCAUCAAUGAGCUGCACAAAUUCAGUCCAGGACUGCAAGAAUUCAGGCAUGAGGACGCUCUGUGCAGGAGGCUCACACAGGCAGACCCAAGAUGGACAGAACCUUGGAAUCUCUGAGACACAUCAUUGCCCAAGUCUUGCCAAACAGAGACCCGGCUCUAGUCUUCAAAGACUUGAAUGUUGUGUCGAUGUUACAGGAAUUUUGGGAGAGCAAGCAGCAGCAGAAGGCUGCCUUCCCCAGUGAAGGUGUGGUGGUCUACGAGUCACUGCCAGCACCUGGGCCUCCCUUUGUGAGUUACGUGACCCUCCCAGGGGGAAGCUGUUUUGGCAACUUUCAGUGUUGCUUAAGUAGAGCUGAGGCCAGACGGGAUGCGGCGAAAGUGGCCUUAAUCAACUCCCUCUUCAAUGAGCUGCCCUCGCGCAGGAUCACCAAGGAAUUCAUUAUGGAAAGUGUUCAGGAAGCAGUAGCCUCCACCAGCGCCACAUUGGAUGACGCAGACGACCCCAGCACCAGCAUCGGAGCCUAUCACUACAUGCUGGAGUCAAACAUGGGGAAGACCAUGCUGGAGUUUCAGGAGCUGAUGACCAUUUUCCAACUACUGCACUGGAAUGGAAGCCUAAAAGCCCUUCGUGAAACAAAGUGUUCCCGACAGGAAGUCAUCUCCUACUAUUCCCAGUAUUCCCUAGAUGAGAAGAUGCGCAGCCACAUGGCCCUGGACUGGAUCAUGAAGGAGCGGGAGACACCAGGAAUUCUCUCUCAAGAGCUGCGAAUGGCCCUGAGGCAGUUGGAGGAAGCCAGGAAAGCAGGACAAGAACUCCGGUUUUACAAAGAAAAGAAAGAAAUCCUGAGCUUAGCCCUGACUCAGAUCUACAGUGACCCUGACACUUCCUCACCCAGUGACGAUCAGCUGAGCCUCACCGCCCUGUGUGGCUACCACUAGCAAGACCAGGUCCCGGGUACCCCCAGCAAUGGCAGAAGUGGACAUUAGGGAGCGCAGUGAAGGAGGUCCUCAGAGGCUUUAGCCUCUGUAGCUACCACUGAAGCCUGUACUCCUCCUCCCUCCCCACUCGAUUCACAGAAUGUGAGCUCAGUAGGACUCUUACAAGCCCCCACAGCCCGCUCAAUGCAUUAUUUCCAUAACACUCUCGGUAGUUCCACCUAAGCAUGAAAGGAUAGAGACUGGAUUGUUUGAAAAAUAUUUUCCAGGCCUGGCUCCAACCUAAGGCCUGGCUGACAUGUGCCUUGCUAGAUUAUACAUGUUGUUUCAAAGAACAGGCCCGAUGUAGCAUCCCCCCAAAGAACAGCAGCCAGAACUAGGGGAAGUAGCACGAUAGCCAUCUUUAAAAAUACUUGAGAUCGAAUAAACAAUAUGGAUGGUUUUUGAACGUAUACAAGGGUCUGAGUCUCUUCCUAAGCUCUGUAAGCUAAGCAGUAGUUUACAUUCAACUAGCUAUACUCUAAGCCUAUAGUGGGGAUUUUAUCUGGGCAUUUCACUAUCAAAGAUUUUAAAGUGGUAAUAAUAUGAAAAUACUAGAUAAACUUAAUGUGGCUUAAAAUGCCAUUGUGGGCCGGGAGGGGUGGCUCACGCCUGUAAUCCUAGCACUCUGGGAGGCCCAGGCAGGUGGAUUGCUCAA